UGGGGGAGGGGUGCUUUUCAAGACCAUAGUGCUGAGAGGUUUCCUUUUGCCUCCCCUUCCUAAUAAUAAGGCUUCUCUGGAGGGCCCCCAAAAAAGGUUGGAGGAGGAGUCCCCAGAGGGUCGCUUCUCCAUACUGGAAGCUGUUCUUUCUGAGAGGUACUGUGUAAGGAGGCAGGACUCGUGGAACUAUAGGGUUGCUGGGAUGCCUUAAAGUUCUGGAAACCCCGGGAGGUAGAAGGAGUGGUUCCAAGAAAAUGAGGUGUCCCCUUCCCCACCACUGAGACGGGGGAGGGGUGCGGGGCGUUGCGGCGAGGUUUAAACAAGUGGGAGUGGGUUAGCGCUGGCCUCUAACUUCAGGGCUGUGAGGGUGGGGUGGGAGGAAUGACCAGCAGGUGAGAGGUUAGAGUAGGGAAAGGGUGAAAGUUAGGGGGGCGGGGCCUCCGGGAGUGUCAGGUGAGAUUAGAGACCUAUUUCCGGAGCUCCGAGAGGUGUGGGACACAUGGAGUUGGCGAAGACCCCUAAUGACAUCAACAAAGUUCCCCUGAGCUUCGUUGCAAAGCUUGGUCCUCGGGAGCCCCCAACCCGCCAUUCCCCGCGAGGGCGGAACGCGACCGGUUGCCGUGGCUCCAGGGGCGGUGGCCCCAUGGCUGCUCCAAUCACCGCCCAGCUCAAGGAUGGGGGCGUGGACGAGCCCUGGAAAAGUUAUAGCCAAUUCCAAAGGCGGGGCAGGCGGGGGAGCCCAGGGACCCCGCCCUGCCAAGAAAGCCAGUCCACAGUCCCCGCAGGGGGCGUUGGAUGCGUCCGGGCCCUCAGCGCAAGGGCCCGAAGGACUGAUCCGGACCUAGUCAGCCCGCCAGGCCAUGGCGCCCUCAGGGCUCCUUGUGGCCGGCGCCUCCUUCGCCGCCUUCCGGGGGCUGCACUGGGGACUACGGCUGCUGCCCACGCGGAGAUCUGCUGCUCAGGACUGUUGCUGUCGCGUACCUUCAGAUGGCCAUCCACCUGAUUCAUGGCCACCCGCCCUGGUGCUGUGGCUGUAUCUGUGGGUAAAUUAUUUCCUGGCCUAUGGAGCUGACAUGCUGUGGAACCCGAUCUUGGGGCAGGCCUGGGACCUUCUCUGUCACCAUUUGGUGGUAGUGAGCUGCCUCAGCACCACCAAUCUGUCUGGCUACUACGUGGGCUUCUCUGUGGUGUCUCUGCUUCUAAAGCUGAACUCUGCCUGCCGGCACCUACGGAAGUUGCUAUUGCUUUCUCACCAGGUCCCAUCCCUGGCCUUUAUCUUGGCCAGCUGGGCCACCAAAGCCCUUUUCCACCUGGUGCCAUUGGGGUGCAUGAGUCUGUGACUUAUCCAGCAGCAUCACUGGGUGCCAACUGCUCUGGUUGUCUUUGGUGGAACUGGGCUGGUCACUGUGGGUGCCAUGAUCAUCACAGUGGGUAUUUGCAUUUUGGUCAGUGAUGUCCUGCAGUCUCGGCCCCACCCACCCAUCCCUGGGCACAAGGAAACCAGGGGCACCAGGACAUGUUGUGAUGGUGAGCCUGUCACCAAGGAUGAUUGCACUCUCAGCCUAAAAGACUAGAGAGAAGCCUCAGCCUCCUCUUCAGCCGGCCCUGGGGGAGCUAACUCACACCCCUCCCCCAUUCCGAGGAUCUAAGAAGAAAUGCUGACGUUCCUGGAUGGAUGGACUGGGCUUUUGUUCUCUGAAUUCCAUCAUCAAAUGACCACCUUUUCCAGCAAACUAACUCAGGAGGAAGAUUAGCCCUGCGCUAACUGCUGCCAAUCCUCUUUUUGCUGAGGAAGACUGGCCC